CUCGAGUCCCAGCUAACUAACCAACUUUUCUUACUCACGGCACACUCCACCGUUUAUAAACCCCGCUCGGCUAGCCCGUCUGUCUGAUACCAUUUCCGUCCGGUUGUUGCUCCACUAAACCGGCCUGCCUGCCUCUUCUCCACCCUUCCAAGUUACCCACCACCAAUGGCCAAACCGCGACCGGCGGCGGCGACCUCCGCCGCGCCGUCCACCUCCUACGCCUACGCGUCGGCCUUCAUGCCGCCGCCCCCGUCCCCCUCCGACGGGGACCUGCUCCGCGCGCUGCACCGCCUGGCGCGCGACCUCUCCGCCGCCGACACGCCCGCCCCGUUCCUGCGCGCCGCGUUCGCGUCCGUCUCGCGCCGCGCCAGGCUCCUCGCCGCCGCCUUCGACGACCUUCUCCUCUCCGUCCCCGACGCCUCCGACCUGCCGCGGUCCGCCUCGCUCUGCCUCCGCGAGCUGCUCCUCGUGCUGCAGCGCUUCAAGGCCGUCGUCGCCGACUGCGCCGCGCGGAGCCGCACCCUGCUGCUGCUGCGGUCCGACGAGACGGGCGCCGAGCUGCGCGACCUGCACCACGACCUGGCCACGCUGCUCGACCUGCUCCCCGUCGUCGAGCUCGGCCUCGCCGACGACGUCGCCGACCUGCUCGCCCUCGCGUCCCGCCAGUGCCGCCGCUCGUCCGGCGGCGCCGAGGCGGAGGCGGGCCCGCCGGCGCUCAAGGCCGGCGUGCUCGCGCUCAUCGACGAGAUCGAGCGGGAGAUCGUGCCCGGGCGGGACCGGCUGGAGGGGGUCCUCGAGGAGGUGGGCGUCAACGACCCCGCCAGCUGCAGCGACGAGAUCGAGACACUCGAGCGGGAGAUCGGGGACCGCGCGUCCGAGCGCUGGACGCCCGCCAUGAUCGCCCUCGUCGGCCUCCUCCGCUACGCCAAGUGCGUCCUCUUCAGCGCCACGCCCCGCCCUUCUUCGUCAGACUCCAAGCCAGACUCCGACUCCACCGACGCCGACGGCGAUCUCGAGGAGUCGCCGGCGCCUCCCAUGGACCUCCGGUGCCCCAUCUCCCUGGACCUAAUGCGGGACCCCGUCGUGGCCGCCAGCGGGCAGACCUACGACCGCGAGUCGAUCGACCGCUGGUUCAACUCCGGCAAGUCAACCUGCCCCAAGACGGGGCAGGUGCUAACCAGCCUCGACCUGGUGCCCAACAAGUCCCUCAAGAACCUCAUCACCAAGUGGUGCCGCGAGAACGGCGUGGCCAUGGAGCCCUGCGAGGCCAGCAAGGGCGAGCAGGCCCAGGCCACGGCCGCCAACAAGGCGGCGCUGGAGGUGGCGCGCAUGACGGCGUCGUUUUUAGUGAAAAAACUGUCGGCGACCUUCUCGCCCGACGCGGCCAGCCGCGUGGUGCACGAGAUCCGCCUGCUCUCCAAGUCGGGUUCCGACCACCGCGCCUUCGUGGGGGAGGCCGGCGCCGUGCCGAUGCUGGUGCCGCUGCUCUACUCCGAGGACGCCGGGCUGCAGCUCAACGCGGUGACGGCGCUGCUGAACCUGUCCAUCCUGGAGGCCAACAAGAAGCGCAUCAUGCACGCGGACGGCGCCGUGGAGGCGGUCGCGCACACCAUGGGCCCCGGCGGCGCGACGUGGCGCGCCAGGGAGAACGCGGCGGCGGCGGUGCUCAGCCUCGCGUCGGUGCACACGUACCGGCGCCGGCUGGGCCGGAACGCGUCGGUGGUGGAGCGGCUGGUGGAACUGGCGCGCGCCGGGCCGAAGAGCACGAAGAAGGACGCGCUGGCCGCGCUGCUGUCGCUGGCGGGCGAGCGGGAGAACGUGGGGCGGCUGGUGGACGCCGGCGUGGCCGAGGCCGCGCUGUCCGCCGUCAGCGGCGAGGAGACGGCCGCGGCCGUGCUGGCGGCGCUCGCCAAGCGCGGCGGCGCGGAGGCGAUCGUGGGCAUCGACGGCGCCGUGGCGCGGCUCGUGGCGGAGAUGCGGCGCGGGACGGAGUGGGCCAGGGAGAGCGCCACGGCCGCGCUGGUGCUGCUGUGCCGGCGGCUGGGCGCGCGGGCGGUGGCGCAGGUCAUGGCCGUGCCCGGGGUGGAGUGGGCGAUCUGGGAGCUGAUGGGCACCGGCACGGACCGCGCGAGGCGGAAGGCCGCGUCGCUGGGCAGGAUUUGCCGGCGCUGGGCGGCCGCGUCCGCCGCCGACGGCGAGCGCGGCGCCGAGUGCCCCGCGUCCAGCGUGGAGCCUCCGGCCAUGAUGGCGUCCUAAGUCGACGACACGUAGGAUUAAGCUCGCUCGGUUAUUUUUCCACCUUCUUCUUCUUGUACAAAACGAGGUUUGAUUAGGCUGUGACGAUUCUUUUGGCGCGAGAGACAAUGGUGAGUGGUUGAUCAACUGUGCAUACGGAGCUCCGGCUCCAUGUAAUUCCUUCCGAAGUUUCAAUCUUUCUUGACACGAAAUACUACUUACACAAGGUAAAAAGGUUUUGUGCCUCUGGAA